AAACCUCUUUCUUAUCCCCACACUGCUUCACUAUUCUCCAACCCAUCCAAACCAUGUUCACUACUUCAACCAAUCUCACCUUCACACCCACUUUUGCCUUCACAAAAACAACCCACUUCCCGUUUCCACCCGCAACCCACUUUCACAAACCCAUAAUCAAAUGUGCCAAAAAAGUUGCAAAAAGAACAGGCAAAUCAAGAUACCCAUCAGAGAAAAGAAAGCUUAAGUCAAUCCAACAACAAACACAAACUCAAUUUGAUAAAUUUAAUGGCUUUUGGAGGUUUUAUAAACUCAGUGUUGAUAUUGAUAAUGACCCCGGUAAAGAUUUUCUUGAUGUUUCUGAGGGUUUGCUUCAACAAGUUGCUAAAGUUCUCGAAUUCCCGGUUGCUUCUAUGUUGCCACCAGAAGCUUUUACGGUUUUAAGGAAAUCAUUCGAUGCUAGAAAGAGUCAGAGAGCGCCAAAAUUUGUGUACACGGUGGAGAUGGAUGUUGAUAAGCUUUUGAAUCUAGAACCUCGAACUUAUGACUUUAUUUCUCGUUUGGAACCCAAAAUUGGGGUAAUAGAGCAUAUGUCUUAUGAAAGAGUAGUUGGUGAUUUAGUUGAUGUAGUUAAUGGUAGCAAGAAGAUUGACAAAGAUAAGGUCCUGGGAGAAACUGGUCAUAGUGGUUCACUAAGCUCCUCUAAGACUCCCGUUACUAAAAAGCCAAAGAUUGCAGUUGUGGGUAGUGGUCCAGCAGGUUUGUUUGCUUCUCUUGUACUUGCGGAGUUCGGUGUUGAUGUCACUUUGAUAGAAAGAGGGCAGCCAGUUGAGAAACGUGGGCGUGAUAUUGGUGCUUUGGUUGUGCGAAAAAUACUACAACAAGAUAGCAACUUUUGUUUUGGCGAGGGUGGUGCAGGUACUUGGAGUGACGGAAAGUUGGUCACUAGAAUCGGCCGGAACAGUGGAAGUGUUUUGGCGGUUAUGAAAACGUUAGUUCGAUUUGGAGCUCCAGCAAGCAUCUUGGUUGAUGGAAAACCCCAUUUAGGAACAGAUAGGCUUAUACCACUUAUUCGCAACUUUCGGCAAUAUCUGCAAGAGUUGGGGGUUAACAUUAGAUUUGGAACAAGGGUGGAUGAUCUGAUUGUGGAGAGUGGUAAUAUAGUUGGUGUCAAUGUAUCCGAUUCAAGUGGAGGAUUACAGUUUAAUAGCGAGAAGCUAGGAUUUGAUGCAGUUGUUCUUGCAGUUGGGCAUUCUGCACGUGAUGUGUAUCAAAUGCUUCUUUCUCAUAGCAUUGAAUUGGUUCCCAAAGAUUUUGCUGUUGGAUUGCGGGUUGAGCAUCCACAGGAAUUGAUAAACAGUAUUCAGUAUUCUAAGUUGGCCAGUGAAGUUCAUAACGGGCGCGGGAAGAUACCAGUUGCCGAUUACAAGGUUGUUGAGUACGUCAAAGGAGAGGGAAACGAUGAAUCAGUUACCACUAAUCGGAGUUGUUACUCUUUCUGCAUGUGCCCUGGUGGGCAGGUUGUUGUAACGAGCAUAGAUCCUUCAGAACUUUGUAUAAAUGGCAUGUCAUUUUCUCGAAGAGCAUCCAAGUGGGCUAAUGCUGCACUUGCUGUCACUGUUUCACCAAAGGAUUUCAGUGCUCUUGGUUUUCAUGGACCUCUUGCAGGUGUUGAGUUUCAGAGGGAAUUCGAACAAAGAGCAGCUUGUAUGGGAGGUGGAAAUUUUAUCGUACCUGUGCAAACCGUUAAAGAUUUCAUGGAUAAUAAAUUGUCUGCGACCACUAUACCAUCAUCAAGUUAUCGAUUAGGAGUGAAAGCAGCAAAUCUCCAUGAGUUGUUUCCUACUCAUAUAACAGAGGCAUUGCAGCAUUCAAUCUCAACGUUUGACAAAGAGUUACCAGGAUUCAUCUCCCAUGAUGCCCUUCUGCAUGGAGUCGAGACUAGGACUAGUUCUCCGAUCCAGAUUCCUAGAAAUCAUGACACUUUCGAGAGCAUGUCGUUGGAAGGAUUAUAUCCAGUGGGAGAAGGUGCAGGGUAUGCAGGCGGGAUCGUAAGUGCAGCUGUCGAUGGUAUGUUUGCUGGUUUUGCUUUGGCAAAAAAACUAGAUCUUUAUGACGGUGACAUUGAAUCAAUUUUUGGAAGGACCCAAAGUUCCGGAUCUAUGAAAUACUAAACACACAAAAACAAUAUACUAGAUUACUAGUGUAGUCCUCAAGUUUUGAUCCUAAAAGAACAGAUAAUUUUUAGAGUACGAGGUAGUUGUAGGCUUGUAGCCCUCUACUACAGAUGCAUGCCAUCUUUUUGACGGGCUCGGUUGCAUCUCUUAAUGACUCGAACCCAUAAGUUUUUGA